AUGCCUUUCGCCAAGCGGAUCGUGGAGCCGCAGUGGCUUUGCCGGCAGCGGCGCCCGGCUCUCGGCCCAGAAGAGGACACAAGUGGAGGUAGCGUUGAGCCGCCGCCCCUGCAGCCGCCUGGCCGGCGGGAAGAGGCCGAGGCACCGGGGCCAGAGGAGCCUCCCCGUGUGCCCCCUGUGCCUCUCCCACUGCCACCACCUCCGCCGUCUUUGCCGGCGCCGGCCGAGCAAGCUCAGCAGCCACCGGACGAGGCGCGCGAGGCCGGGGAGGAGAGCGUGGCUGGGGUCCCGGAGGCAGCAUCCGCCACGGGCGAGGCGUCCACGGCUACGGCUGAGGCUAUGCUGCUCAUGCUAGAUCUGUGCGCCCUCAGCAACGCUGCGCUGGCCAGGGUCCUCCGGCAGCUCUCAGACGUGGCCCGGCACGCGUGCAGCCUCUUCCAGGAGCUCGAGAGCGACAUCCAGGUUACUCACCGCCGCGUCUGGGCGCUUCAGGGCAAGCUCGGCAGCGUGCAGCGCGUCCUCAGCACGUUGGACCCCAAGCAGGAGGCAGUGCCUGUCUCCAACUUGGACAUCGAGAGUAAGCUGAGUACAUACUACCGUGCGCCAUGGCACCAGCAGCGGAACAUCUUCCUUCCAGCUACCAGGCCACCCUGUGUGGAGGAGCUGCACCGCCAUGCCAGACAGAGUCUGCAAGCCCUGCGCAGAGAACACCGGAGCCGAAGUGAUCGUCGAGAGCAAAGAGCUGCUGCUUCCCUGUCCAUAGCUGCUCCACCACUGCCAGCCUACCCUCCUGCUCACAGCCAGAGGAGGCGCGAGGCCAAGGACCGCCAUUUCCUAACGUUUAACAGCACCCGCUCGCCCUCCCCCACUGAAUGUUGCCACAUGGCCCCAUGGAGUAGAAAGUCCCACUCUCCAGAGGAUGAAGACACAGAUGUCAUGUUAGGACAGAGACCGAAAAACCCAAUACACAAUGUCCCCUCUACACUGGACAAGCAGACCAACUGGAACAAAGCGCUACCUCUCCCGACUCCCGAGGAGAAGAUGAAACAGGAUGCUCAAGUGAUUUCUUCUUGCAUUAUUCCCAUCAAUGUCACUGGAGUUGGUUUUGACAGAGAAGCUAGUAUACGCUGUUCUCUUGUUCAUUCACAAUCCGUCCUACAGCGGAGACGAAAAUUGAGGAGAAGGAAAACCAUCUCGGGGAUUCCCAGAAGAGUUCAACAAGAAAUAGAUUCCGAUGAAUCACCCGUGGCCAGGGAAAGGAAUGUGAUUGUGCACACAAACCCAGACCCCUCCAACAGUGUCAAUAGGAGGUCCGGAACCAGGGACUCUGAAUGCCAAACUGAAGAUAUUCUGAUUGCUGCCCCAUCCAGAAGGAGAAUCAGAGCUCAAAGGGGUCAAAGCAUUGCAGCUUCCCUUUCUCAUUCUGCUGGCAACAUCUCUGCCCUGGCAGACAAAGGCGAUAGCAUGUUUACUCCUGUAGUGAGCAGCCGCACAAGAUCUCGGAGCCUUCCUCGGGAGGGAAAUAGAGGUGGAGAUGCUGAACCCAAAGUUGCUGCUAAACCCUCAGCAUAUGAAGAAGGAGAGCCUUUUGUGGGUGAAAGAGCCCCUAAUGAUUGUAGUGAAGCUCCAAGCAGCCCAAGUGCACAGGAACACCAGCCUGCUUUGGGCCUGGCCUGCUCUCAGCAUCAUCACAGCCCCCAGCACAAGUUAAGUGAGAGGGGAAGGUCUCGUCUGUCCCGAAUGGCGGCUGACUCUGGAAGCUGUGACAUCUCCUCCAACUCAGACACCUUUGGAAGCCCCAUCCAUUGCAUUUCCACAGCUAGUGUCCUCCUCAGCAGCCACAUGGACCAGAAAGAUGACCACCAGUCGUCCAGUGGUAAUUGGAGUGGGAGCAGCUCCACAUGCCCCUCCCAGACCUCAGAGACAAUCCCUCCUGCAGCUUCUCCUCCCCUCACUGGCUCCUCGCACUGUGACUCGGAACUGUCACUGAACAUUGCUCCAAAUGCUAAUGAAGACACCAGUGUCUUUGUGACAGAACAGUACAACGACCACUUGGAUAAAGUAAGAGGCCACCGGACAAACUCCUUCACCUCCACUGUUGCAGAUCUGCUGGAUGACCCCAACAACAGCAAUACAAGCGACAGUGAGUGGAAUUAUCUGCACCACCAUCAUGACGCAUCCUGCCGCCAAGAUUUUAGUCCUGAGCGUCCAAAGGCAGAUAGCCUGGGCUGCCCAAGUUUCACAAGCAUGGGCACCUAUGACAGCUUUCUGGAAAAGUCUCCUUCAGACAAAGCAGAUACUAGCUCUCAUUUCUCAGUGGACACAGAAGGAUACUAUACCUCGAUGCACUUUGACUGUGGUCUCAAAGGUAAUAAGAGCUAUGUCUGUCACUAUGCAGGCCUGGGCCCAGAGAAUGGUCAGGGUGUAGGAGUUCCUCCUGGUCUUCCGGACUGUUCCUGGCAAGACUACGUAGACCACAGGAGGCAGGGGAGACCAAGCAUCUCUUUCAGGAAACCAAAGGCAAAGCCAACUCCACCUAAACGUAGCUCAUCAUUGAGAAAGUCUGAUGAAAACACAGAUAUUUCUGAGAAGAAAGAACCAAAGAUAAGCAGUGGUCAGCAUCUGCCUCACAGUUCCAGGGAAAUGAAGCUGCCUCUUGAUUUCUCCAACACGCCUUCUCGAGUGGAAAAUGCCAAUCUGCCUGCAAAGCAGGACUCUCCUUGGGUAAACCAGAGUGAACACGGUGUUAAGGAACCUCAGUUGGAUGCUACAGACGUUUCACCAUUCAAAGAUGAAGGUGCUGAAUCAACUCAUUAUGCAGACCUCUGGCUUCUAAAUGACUUGAAAACAAAUGAUCCUUACAGAUCCUUAUCUAAUUCAAGCACUGCUACGGGUACCACAGUUAUCGAAUGCAUCAAAUCUCCAGAGAGCUCUGAAUCCCAAACAUCCCAGUCAGAAUCAAGGGCCACCACCCCAUCUCUUCCUUCCGUCGAUAAUGAAUUUAAACUGGCUUCACCAGAAAAGCUGGCUGGCUUGGCAUCUCCAUCAAGUGGCUACUCAAGCCAGUCAGAAACACCAACCUCCUCUUUCCCAACAGCUUUCUUUUCAGGUCCAUUGUCUCCUGGAGGUAGCAAAAGAAAACCUAAAGUCCCAGAAAGGAAAUCCUCACUACAGCAACCGUCUUUAAAAGAUGGAGCCCUGUCAUUGAAUAAGGAUUUGGAACUUCCGAUUAUACCUCCUACCCAUCUUGACCUAAGUGCUCUUCAUAAUGUUUUGAACAAACCAUUCCACCACCGCCACCCGCUGCAUGUUUUUACUCAGAAACAGAACACAGUCGGAGAUAUGCUGAGGUCAAACCCUCCACCGUCUCUUGCAAUCACACCAACGGUCCUGAAAUCUGUCAACCUUCGGUCUAUUAGUAAGUCUGAGGAAGUUAAGCAAAAAGAGGGCAAUAAUACAGAUCUCCCCAGCUUAGAAGAGAGUACUGCAACAGUUGCUUCUGCGGCUUCCUUAUCUCCAGGUAAAACAAGGCCACACCCAGCAAGGAAAUCAGUAUCACGCCAGUACUCUGCUGAAGACACCCUCCUGUCCUUUUUAGAUGCCUCUGCAGUGGAAAUGGGGCCAGAGAAGCAUCUAGAAAAGAACCCUACUUUUGAUGUGAAGAGUCACUGCGAUCCAGAAACUGUAACCUCAGCUAGUAACAAUCCUCCAGAUUCAAGUGUGAUGAAAGACCAAAUACAGAUGGAAAGUGAGCUUAUUCCAGAAAAGAUACCAAGUAAGAACUGUGGCUAUUCAAAAGGAUUUCAGAGGGUGUCUGCUGCCCGCCCCAGUGAUUUGGGCAGUAAAAUGGUGCAGUACGGAGCUAGCCCAGAUGGAGUCCCAAAACAAGGACAGAAGGCACCCUCUGGAGUUGGGGAAGAAGGUGUGAAACUGGAAUCUGUGGAUGGAAUCACACUUCAAGCCAACCCACCAACUAGAGUAACAGACAUAAGCAGUCAACAUAAGCAUCAACGUGCUGUGAGCCGUCACCACAACAAAGUGCCUGUGACCAUCCGCCAUGAGUCAGAGAUGUCAACUAUAAAUUCAUUCCCUGAGAAAUGUUCUGAGCAGGAAAAUAUUGCUUCAGGUAUUUCACCCAAAAGUGCCUCUGACAACAGCAGAGCAGAGGAGACCCAAGGAAGUAUGGAUGAGACUUCAUUGAAAGAAUCAUCACCGAGUGAUGACUCCAUCAUUUCACCACUCAGUGAGGACUCCCAAGCUGAAGCUGAGGGUGUGUUUGUGUCUCCAAACAAACCUCGAACAACUGAGGAUCUCUUCGCUGUCAUUCACAGAUCCAAGAGGAAAGUACUUGGAAGGAAAGAUUCUGGGGACAUGUCUAUUAGAAACAAAUCCAGGGCUCCCCUUGGCAGCAGUAGCAGCAGUGCCAGUUCUGUCGCUUCACCUGGCAGCAAUGUGACAUCUGGGACUAGCCAGAGGUCUCCUGGUCUCAUCUACCGAAAUGCCAAAAAGUCCAACACAUCCAACGAAGAAUUUAAGCUACUGCUUCUCAAGAAAGGCAGUCGCUCUGAUUCUAGUUACCGCAUGUCUGCCGCCGAAAUCCUAAAGAGCCCCAUCGUGCCCAAGCCUCCUGGAGAGUUCACUUCAGAGUCCCCACAAAGCCCUGAUGAUACCCACCAGGGCACACCUGGGGCUGAAGCGCUGUCCCCUCUGUCCCCGUGCUCUCCACGAGUCAUUGCAGAAGGGUUUUCCUCGAAAAACUUUGCCACCUCAGCAUCAUCCCGGGUUGGACGUUCCCGGGUCCCACCUGUGGCCAGCAGCAGCCGCUACAGUGUCCGCUGCAGGCUGUACAAUACGCCAAUGCAGGCCAUCUCCGAGGGAGAGACUGAAAACUCUGACGGGAGCCCACAUGAUGACCGAUCAUCCCAGAGUUCCACAUAG